ACACAUAUUCUGGUGAAGGAGAGAGAGAGAGUGUGAGGGAGGCAAAAAUGGAGGAGGGAUUGCUGGUGAAGGAGAGAUUUGCAGAGACAAGCACGAGAUGGGGAGAAAUAAGGGAAGAGAUGAAGAGAUUGGGAUAUGUAGCAGGGCCUAUGGUGGCUGUCACUCUUUCAUUUUACUUGCUUCAAGUUAUAUCACUUAUGAUGGUUGGCCAUUUAGGUGAACUCGCUCUCUCCGGCACCUCCAUCGCCGUCUCUCUCGCCGGAGUCACCGGAUUCAGCCUUCUUUUGGGAAUGGCAAGUGCACUAGAGACUAUAAGUGGACAAGCGUUCGGAGCUCAACAAUAUGAGAAAAUAGGAACUCAGACUUACACCGCCAUCGUCUCUCUGAUCCUAGUUUGCAUCCCCGUAUCGCUUCUGUGGGCAAAUGUGGAGUAUCUACUCAAACUGGUUGGCCAAGAUCCUAGUAUAUCUCAUGAAGCCGGAAAGAUGGCAAUAUGGCUCAUUCCUGCACUCUUCGCCUACGCCAUCCUUCAGCCUCUCAUCCGCUACUAUCAAAUGCAAAGCAUGAUCCGUCCCAUGCUCGUGACUUCAUGCAUCACUCUCUGUUUCCACACACCACUAUGUUGGGCGCUGGUUUAUAAAUCUGAGCUGGGCAACAUAGGAGGCGCAAUCGCCAUGGAUGUUUCAAUUUGGUUGAAUGUUGCUAUCCUCAGUUUGUACAUGAAGUACUCCCCUCAUUGCACGAAAACUCGUUCGCCAUUUUCAAUGGAGAUUUUUGCAGGGAUGGGAGUGUUUUUCAAGUUUGCAAUCCCUUCUUCUACCAUGAUUUGUCUUGAAUGGUGGUCAUUUGAGCUACUAAUCCUGUUUUCCGGGCUAUUACCAAAUCCGCAGCUUGAAACCUCGGUGCUUUCUGUAUGCUUAAGUACCAUUGGUACACUUUACUCAAUUCCAUAUGGUUUGGCUUCUGCAGCAAGCACUCGAAUAUCAAACGAGCUGGGGGCCGGGAGGCCACAGGGGGCGCGUCUAUCUGUCAUUGCUCUAUCGCUCCUUGCAGCAGUGAAUGCAUUCGUCGUGAGCCUUGGCAUCUUCGCGAGUAGAAAUGUUUUUGGCUAUAUUUUCAGCAAUGAGAAGGAAGUUGUGGACUACGUGACAACGAUGGCUCCUCUCGUGUGUUUAUCAAUCAUAGCAGAUUGUGUACAAGGAGUCCUUUCAGGUGUUGCAAGGGGUUGUGGUUGGCAGCAUAUUGGUGCUUACAUCAAUCUUGCUGCAUUUUAUCUCUUUGGACUUCCAAUUGCAGCUGCAUUGGGUUUUUGGCUGGAUUUGAGGGGGAAGGGGCUCUGGAUUGGAGUGUUGUGUGGCGCGACGCUGCAGUCUUUGAUGCUUGCGGUUAUUACAGCUCUCACCAACUGGGAGAAACAGGCAGCAAAGGCAAAGGAGAGGCUAUUUCAUGAGGAGGCUGAGAAUGAUGAUGGUGAUGAUAGGCUACCAUGAAGAAAAAGGAAUUUAAAUUUCCAAUCUAAUGUUGUACUAGAAGUUAUAAGAUUUAUGGGAUUUUUACAAUUUUGAUUUGGAUGAUUCAUGUGAACCAAUUGUCCAAUUCUUAUAUCUCAUUGAUCUAUAAAUUAGAGCACUAUUUUUAUUUA